AUGGAGGAUUCAAGUUUGUGUCUUGGUGUGUCGUCAGCAGUGGCUGAUGCUGAUGCCCAUCUGAGUAGUGCAGUCUUGAAUGGUCGCUACCCCAUAAGUCAAAAGCUUCACCAGCUUACUGCCCAGCUAGGACACGCCUUUCCUGACCUGCACCGCCCACAACAGAUACCUGAAGAGAAAGCAGCAACACCUUUGGACGAGAAGACCCACCACGCAGCCCUGGCUAGUCAACCCAUCAGCAGCCAGAUGGCCCUCCUCGCCAAUCAGCUCAACCGAGACAUUGACGCAGGGGCACUGAGUGGGCUGAACGGGCGUGUUGACCUGCAGCAGUUUCUCAAUGGCCAGAACUUGGGCAUCAUGUCCCAGAUGAAUGAUAUUGAAGAUGAUGCCCGCAAGAAUAGGAAGUAUCCCUGUCCAUUGUGUGGCAAGCGCUUCCGUUUUAACAGCAUCUUGUCUUUGCACAUGCGCACACACACAGGAGAGAAACCUUUCAAGUGCCCCUACUGUGACCACCGAGCAGCUCAAAAGGGCAACUUGAAGAUCCACCUCCGCACCCAUAAGCUGGGAAAUCUUGGUAAGGGCCGCGGCCGUGUCAGAGAGGAAAAUAGGCUGCUUCAUGAGCUGGAGGAGAGGGCCAUUUUGAGGGAUAAGCAGAUGAGAGGCAGUGUCAGUAUCAUCCAGACGGCUCAAACACCCCAGCUCAGCCUCAAUAGCAGCUCAAACUCCCAUCAGCAGCAAUUAGGCUCAGCCUGUGGUCUCCUUCCCCCUUCUGGCCUUGCCACUCCAGAAACAAUUUCUCAGCCUUCCUCUUCACCCAAGCCAGCCGGCACCCAGGAUGAACAGUCCCUGAACCCAACUACAGGCUUCCGUUGUACCUUCUGCAAAGGGAAGUUUAAGAAGCGUGAGGAACUGGACCGUCACAUUCGUAUACUUCACAAGCCCUACAAAUGUACUCUGUGUGAAUUUGCCGCCUCCCAUGAAGAGGAUCUGAUAAGUCAUGUGGAGAAGGCUCAUAUCACAGCCGAGACCACACUGGGCCAGGGUGCUGGUGGCGCCGGUGGCACACAGGUGGCCAACGAAUUCCGUUGUGAGGUAUGUGGGCAAGUGUUCAGCCAGGCUUGGUUCCUCAAGGGUCACAUGCGCAAGCACAAGGACUCCUUUGAACACUGCUGCCAAAUCUGUGGCCGUCGCUUCAAGGAACCCUGGUUCCUCAAGAACCAUAUGAAGGUUCAUCUCAACAAGUUGGCCAUCAAGAACAAACCACCCCAGCCCACUGAGCAGGACAUGUCUGUCGUCAAUAGUAUGAGCAGUCUGGCUCAGGAAGCUCAUGCCAACCUUUAUUCCCGCUACAUCUCCUGUCUUCAGGGGGGCUUCCUUUCACCAGACAAACAAGGACUGAGUGAGCAGCACCAGAUGUUGGCUAAAGCUGGUAUUGCCAUGAAGGAGAAAGAGAUGUUAGGGAAGCUGUUGGGGCCAAUGGCAGGGGGUAUGGGCCAUGUACUGGGCGAAAAUGAGAAACGAUCACUCCUUGGUUGUUUAAACCUUGUUCCACCACUCAAGUCAAGCUGCAUGGAGCGCCUCCAGGCCGCUGCAAAGGUGGCAGAGAUGGAUUCCCUCAGUAGCUAUCAAGCCUGGCAGAUUAUGGCUCGUGGCAUGGCUAUGGACAGGGCAUUCAUGCCUAAAGAGCAGCAGCAGCACCAUAUACCCCCAGGGCACGAAGAUGAGAUGGGUGGUGCUGGGGCUUUGGCUUCUUUCUCAAAAGAUAAACAAGACUACUCCUUGAUUCCUUCCAAUGAUAGCUCCAAGCAGAAGCAACUCUCAGAAGCCUUACAGGGAUCCAAGGCCUCUAGCGGAGCCCUGAUGUCCAUGAAGGAAGAUGGAAGAGGCUUUGACAUUCACUGUGACUUAAUGUCACACCAUAGUGCUGAGGGUCCUGGAGCCCUGGCUGGCCUGGGAAGCCCAAACAUUAACUACAGCCUCUCAGGCCUAAAGGAGAAGCCCUCAGAGUGCCCUGACUGUGGCCGAAUCUUCAGAACCUACCAUCAGAUGGUUGUUCACUCCCGUAUCCAUGGCAAAGACAGGAGAGGCAUUGAAGAAGUGAUCCAGCAACAAGGUCUGGACGAACGCCGGGGUUCAGCCAGUGACCCAGAGUCCCAGUCCAUUAGCCGCUCCACCACUCCUGGUUCAUCCAAUGUGACAGAAGAGAGUGGAGCUGGAGGUGGACACUCCCAGACAGGAAGCGUCCAGGAUGACAGCCCACAUCCAUCUUCACCAUCUUCAGAUGUUGGGGAGGACUUGGGGAAGGCAGCAGGGAGCGUUCAGCCGCCUCUGCCCCAGCAUCGCGAGCGGAGCCUGGCCUCAGCCUCCAAGGACUGCGCCUACUGUGGCAAGUCGUUCCGGACCUCCCAUCAUCUCAAGGUCCACCUGCGGAUACACACAGGAGAGAAACCUUACCGGUGCCCUCAUUGUGACUAUGCUGGCACCCAGUCUGCCAGCUUAAAGUACCACCUGGAGCGCCACCACCGUGAGCGUCAAAAUGGUUCCACCAUCUCAGGCCCAUCCUCUGGCCACACCCCCUCCUCCGACCACAAAGAGGACCAUGGAAAGACAGCGGGUGGCGGCAUCUUUGCCCGACCAGAUGUCCUUCGUAGUGUUUUCAAGGGAAUGCCUCCCAACCUCGACUUCAGGGCAGGUCCAUUACUGCCACAUCAGUGGGCGUCAGCUGGCAUGAUAUCUCCACAUGACAGAGAUCGUGGUGACCGCCGUUUUGAUUCUGCCUCCUCAUCUGAGAAGAUGAAGACUGCUGAUGCCCCGUCGGCCCUUGUCUCAACAGCAACAGAUAGUCCUGCCAGCUUCUCUGACUUAAGCAGGGCUUACCAAAGUAUGAUGGGGAAUGGAGUCCACUUUCAAGGUUCUCUUCAGGCAUUCAUGGACAGCUUUGUCCUCAGCUCCAUGAAGAAGGAUACGAAGGACAACCAGAGUCCAGUCCAGCUCCAGGCCCAGCUCUACCAUGAUAAUGGUGAGCCCAAAGCCAAGCGAGCCAUGUCUGCUGAACAGGAAAGAGAGGAUAAGGCUGAUGCCAAACAGAACUCACGCCCAGGGAAACCUGGAUCCCAGUAUGAACCACUUGAUCUGUCUGUGUCAGUUCGGCCUGAGUCUGCAUCCGGAUCUCUGCCAGGCUCCUCAGUCACCAUUCAUGACAAUGUGGCAUGGCAUGGCUGCCUCUUCUGCUCCUUCUCAACCUCCUCAAUCGAGAUCAUGGCUCUGCACCUCCAGGCCAACCACAUGGGUAAGGCCCAACUGCAGAGGUCUGACAUAGCCAAGGAGCUUCAUGGAGACACUUCUCCCACAACCUCCACUAUUCACUCUUCCAACACUAAGACCUCUGGUGUGGCCCUUGAGAAAGAUGGAAACAGAGAUGGAGAGAAAAACCAUGGAGGCUGGAACAACCACCUGGAUCAGCCCUACAAUCCCUUCCAGAGUGACUUCUACAGAAGGUUUGGAGGCUUGUAUGAUGGCUCACCAAGUGCAAACCAGGCCCUUCAAGGUUUUAUAGCCCCACCAGAGCAAUGUCUUGACCUGCCUAGCCAGGCUUUUGGACCCUCCUCAGCCAGAGAUGAGCAGAUUGGUGAGAGGAGCUCCCGUGGAGGUGUUGAAGAGGACCAGGUAGGAUCAGAUGAUGAGGUUGUGAAGGCUGGGUUGCACAGUGCCGCUGAGACCCCUUCAACCACACCCAUGCGACAGCAGCAACAGAAUCACUCUGAGGAAGAGGAAGAAGAGGGAGGAGUGGCUGAAGAGGAGGAGGAAAGAGAUGAGGAUGGGCAUAUGGACAUGGAGAGAGAGGAAGAAGGAAGUUCGACCUCCAACCACCUCCGAAACCACCCCAAACAUUUCCAAGACGACUCCUCUUUGCCCCAAAGAAAUGGAGCUGGUAUGGCAGCCUCUUCCUCCACAAUGAUGGCACUUUCUCUGGUUCCCCAACCACAAAACCAAGCUUUGCCACUGGAGAAGCAGUGGCAGCAAGGCUUGGGCCUCCUGUCUCCCGGAGGCCCUCCAGGACUGUUGAAGGCUGAGCAGCAGACCCACCUAGAGCAGCAGAUGAACAUGCUCUCUGUCCUCAGAGCCUACAGCAAUGACAACAUCCCCGCAUUCAAUGGCCUUGGUGGCGGAGCAGGAGGAGCAUCCACAGGGGGCAUGAAGAGGCCAGAUGCACCUGGCCAGAGAUCAUUCAGGUGCAGUUACUGCCCCUACAGCGCCUCCCAGAAGGGCAACCUGAAGACCCACGUGCUGUGUGUGCACCGUAAGCCUUUCGACAACACCCAGUACCCCGACCGGCGCUUCAAACGCUCCCACACAGAGUCAGACAUCCCAGAUAAGAGCCCUGAUCAUGUCGUUGCCGGUGUUUCGUCUGAUCAGCCAAUGACAGAGGCAGACGGAAGACAUGGGAGGAGCUUUGGGCCAUUUGCCGGCGAGGCCUCAUCCUGUCACCACGAGUGA